GCAUAUUACUUCAAAGUCCACAUUGGCAUAUAUCCCGCAAUACACCUUGAUUUUUGAUUAACAAAAACAAGCAGGAUUGCGUAUACCAGGGAUGGGCAGAUUUUUAGCCCGCAAAGUUAGCAAAGUGCGCACGGGGGCUAGAUGAGGGGAAUAUCAGUUUACGGAGAGAAGGGCAUAACAAGUUGCGAAAAGUUGCGAAAAAAAUCAAUUACAUUCCUCCGUAACUUAAUGUUCAUCGCAGAGUCAGGGAUAAUGGGAUGCCCAACUUAUUCCAGUGUGAGAGCGCCUCAGAAUAAGCGUUUUUUAUAACAUUUUCCGUUAUGGCCAGAUCGAACAAAAUAAGAAUAUUUUAAAUUAAAAUACCCAACAUUAUUUACGAUUGCAAAUUAUUAUAUAUUGGACUUUUAAUAUAUGGCGAAACUACUUAAUUCCUUUUUUAUGAUUUUAUGGUAUUUUAAAACAACUGACUUUCGAUCUUUCAAUACUUAAUAAGGUGAAUUAAGCCUGUUAGUUCUCAAUUAAUAAAUGUUUUUAAUCAAUUGUAAUAGAAAAUAAAUUCUAUUAUGCAUCAAAUUACAAAACGUUUCAUGAUAUAUAUUUAAAUUUCGCAUUUUCUUUGAUUUUCAUUGUUUUAAAUUUUUAUUAGCCAUCUUGAACGGCGGCAACAAAUCCCUCCGUUUUCAUAUUUUUUUGGUAAGAUUUCAGUCUGGCCAUCGCUCGUUUCCAAUUGCUAAACGUCAAAACCUCCUCAAUCCAGUCAACUGUCAAAGUUGAGGUGGUUUAGACGUUUAGCAAUUGUUCUCUCACUUCCAGUGAGAGAGGAGUUGGACAUCUCAUUAUCUCUGGCAGAGUGCUCAGUAUACUGAGGCAGAGUGGUUGCGGCAAUACUGACAUUGUACACAAAUUAAAGAGCGGAAGUUUACUUCAUAUCGGAAUUGUACAGUUGUGUGAACAAAAAGAGGUAAACAUAUUUGCAGGGUUUAGAGUUUCGCAUUAAAAUUUGUUUUUAUUUACCUUUGCAUGGUGGGAAAUCCUAAUCACUGUUAGGAAAAAAUAUAUAAGUUAUACUUGUAUCUAAAAACAAUUUUAUUUAAUAAGAAAACAGCACAUUUUAAAACUUCACAACACCUAGAUUUGUUCCUAUUUUCUUCACACCACUGUACAUGUGAUAGAUCAGUUAAUGGUGGUGAUGCCAGUUGUAAAAAUUCAUUUAAGAUACAAUUGGGCAAACUUUUCUCAAGUUGUGGGCUUUUAUACGUAUAUAUGCAUAUCUGCAUAUAUAAAAAAGAAAAGAUGCUUGUGACCGUUAUAUUUCCACAUUGUUUUUAAACAUAUUGCAGUUCCAUUUAAUGAAAAUGCUUAUAUAAAUAUAUGAUUUGUGAUAUUUUCAGUUUGGUUGUUUUAUCAAAAUCAAAGAAUUGAGGUUUUUUUCUAUAAUUGUUUUGUUAAAUUUUAAAAAUCUAAAUUGCCUCUGGAAAUGUAUUAAAAUAAUAAUAUGCGCUAUAGAAAGGGAACACAUAUUUUCAAAAAUAUAAGAAAUCAUCAAAUAAAAAUAUACAAUAUUUGCGCGGUAUGGCAUUAUUGAUUGAGAGUGGCUAAGCACACAAAUAGAAUACAAACGCUAAUGGCAGAAACAUCUUCUCACUUCGCCACGAGCGGCAAGCGUUUUGUUCUCGUUUUCAUUCGAACAAUGUUGCCAUUACUCAAUACGCAUAUGUAGUUUUGUACACAUCUAAGUUUUCAAUUAUAAUUUUUCAUAAAAAAAAAUAUCAAAAUUGAAAUCAAACUAUUAAAACUAGUUUAUAUAUUUGUAAAUAAUAGCAUUCCAUUCUGAAUUUGAAUUAUUUUAAGAAAAUUUCAAAUAUAUUGAAGACAAUUUUUAUAAUUACUACAGUAUAUCGAGCCUGGCAACCCUGCGGUGUGAGAGAGCAAUCAGCUGAGUCGUUGGAAAUUCUGGGAUUGGCGGGUGGUAGAAGGGUUGUUGGGUAAUUAUUUACAUUGCGCUCUCAUAAGAUUCAUUUGAAGAAACAGUGGUUCAUAAACUGAAGUUAUUAUUGAAAUUAUUUUUUAUAAGAAAGUUUAAAGAAGUAGCCUGGUAUGAAACUUUUUGCUUCGAAAAUUAUAUAUAAAAUAAGAAGUAGGUUAUCUGAUUUAAAUAUUGGUACUUGGUACAAUAAUGCGUGGAGCUAUACCAAAUGACAUUAAACCAAACAUAUAAUUUAUUAUUUCAAAUAAACAAAAUUAAAUGCUGAUAUAAAGACAUAUUAAAAAAUUAUUACUAAAAUCAAAUAUUUAUUAUUCUUUUUGUUAUUUGUCUUACAUUUUAUAAAUUUAUAGUAGUUACAAAGAAACUUAAAAUUGUUAGGCAAUUUUACUGUUAUUACCCACAGUGCAACUUCCCAUAUAUGCGCGCGCUCUCAUUUGUAAACAUGCUGUGGUAAAAUACGUUGCUCUUACUUCCCUUUUCACGUUUGCCCGCGAUGAUCCCCUCACCUAGCCCUCAAAAUGUGCACUCGUGCCCGCACGGGCAAAAUGCCACUGAGGGCUAAUAUGCCCAUCCCUGGCGUGUACAAUAUAUUCAAAGACCAUAUUGGCAUAUAUCCCACAAUACCCCUUUGUUUUUGAUGAACAAGAACAAGCAGGAUUGUGUAAAACAUAAUAAAGCGUAAUACAUAUGUACAUUAGGGUUUGUUAUUCUGAGGCAACCUUUUUUUUCAACUGAAAAACAAGCUCGAAAAUGUGUAAAAAAAGUCAAUCAAAAGAUGAGCUCUUAGUAUUAAUAUUAAGAGGUGGUUAUUUCAAAUUUUCUGUUUUCCAUAUAAAUUACAUAGAAAAAAAAUCAUUUUUUUUUGUGGUGUUUAUUGUGCUGAGGUUUUAAUGUGCACGCGACGGCGGCCAGUAGGGAUGGUAAAAUCGAUUCCGGUUCUACUCGAGAAUCGAGUUUUCUCGUAAAAUAAUUGAUGAUGUACACCUGCAAAGCUACACGCCCGAAGCAAGGGGCUACGAAACAGAAAAGGGGGAAAGACAUAUCAUACUCUAAAUUUAUUUCUGAGAGUGACUGUCUAAUAAAAUAUUGCAAUCGAGUUGCUUCUUCGCCGAUUCAAGAAAAUUCUGGGCCCGAAUCGCGGCAGUCGUGAGCGAGCAAGUAAUCGUAUCGAAUGAAAUUUCGUAACGUGUCGAGUGUGCGGAUCGUCGCACUCGAUACGAAACGAAUAGAAAUUUUAUGAAAUUACUUCCCUGGUGUAGCUCUAAAUGACAUUUUCGAAUAAUGAAACAAAACAAAAGAAAGAAAUAUUUGAAUUGGAAUUGAAUGUAAAUAUUCAAAUUUAUUAUACGUUUAUACAUAUAUAAAUUUACUAAAUUUAGUUUUUGCAGGCAAAAAAAAUGAACCCUAACGUGUUUUUUUAUUCAAGUUCAUCUGAAUCAGAUGAAGAACAUCAGCAAAUGGCCAUAAGGUCCAGGAUCCGUGACAAAAGUAAUCCCCUGGCUUUACCUGAAGCAGCAUUCAGGAAGCGGUUUAGACUGACCAAAGACGCAUUUACAUUCAUCUUAUCGGAAAUAGAAUUUAACGGACAUUUGUCAACCGCAGUACCACCAAUUCUUCAAUUAGCAGCGACUUUGUCCCUUUUGGCGAGUGGAGGCUAUCAACACUCAGUUGGAAACGACUUUUUAAUUGGAAUGUGUCAAAGCACAGUGUGUAAAAUUGUAGGGGACGUAGUUAAUGAAAUGGAGACAAAACUUUGUCCACAUUUCAUUAAGUUUUCGCCAAACCGUUUAUCUAAGUGCACAGAAUACUUUGUUGAGAAAUAUAAAGUUCCAGGAGUUAUCGGAUGUAUUGAUGGUACACAUUUUGGCCUUCAAAAACCAACUGUGAAUGAACAUAUGUUUUUCAACAGAAAAGGAUACCACAGUCUUAAUUCAAUGAUAAUUUGUGAUUACGAACAUCGAAUUUUAGCUAUUGAUUCAAAAUAUGGUGGAGCCGCUCACGAUUCCUUUGUAUGGAAGCAUUCUGCGCAGAGGAGAUUUUUGGAGGAAGCAUAUAAUCAAAACAAUAUGAGAAAUGUCUGGCUUUUGGGUAAUAUAUGCACUUAUACAGCUGCAAAAUAUAUUUAUAAACAUAUCUACGUAUUUUCUCAAUUAACAGGAGAUUCUGGAUAUCCUUUGGAACCAUGGUGUUUGACACCAUUUAGAAACCCCGAAGUUGGCUCGUGCCAAGCACGGUUUAAUGAAAUCCAUGCAAAAGCACGCUGUAUUGUUGAACGAACCAUUGGUAUACUGAAAGGCCGGUGGAAAAUUCUUACCAAUGAUAAAAGAAGUCGGUAUAGUCCUGAAAAGAUGGCAAAGUUCGGCAAUGUAUGUGCAGCGUUGCAUAACAUCUGCAUACAAUAUAAAAAUUCAACAUAUUGCAGAUAUUUUGUAAACGAAAAUAAUAAUACAGAAAUAGAUACCGGAAAUGAGACUCAAUUAACUAAAAUUGGUCAUAAAAUUAGAGAAAACAUUAUGUUGUCUUUAGAUAAUAAUUGAAUUAAACGUUCCAACAACAUUUGAAUUCAUAAGUAUUUUAUUUUAACAAAUAUAUUUUCAAUAAAGAACUUGGAAUUAACAU